AUGUUCACCGUUUCAGCUUCUUCGGGGAGAUGUGAGCUUCCUCUCCUCUUCGGCCCCUCUUGUCUUUCAGAAACUCCCCUCUUCAGCAGCGAGGAAGACGCCGGGGAUCCGGAGCCCCUGAAGUCUUUACUUUCCCUCCAGUGGAAAAACAAAGUGCCCAACUUUGCAGCCGAAAGGCGAUUCAACGCUGCCGCUGCCCUGAGAGAGCCCUACUGUGCCAUCUGCACUCUCUUCUACCCCUAUAACCAGGUCUCGCCAGCGGAAAAGGAGACGCCCCCGCCGUCCGGGGCCGAAAGCCCUUCGCUCCAGCCCCCUUUUAAGAACGGGCAGAAGACCAAACCUCUGAUCCCUGAAAUGUGCUUCACCUCAAGCAGCGAGAACACGGAGCCCCUCCCGUCCAACUCGUACAUCGGAGACGAUGGGAACAGCUUGUUAAUCUCCUGCGCCAAGUGCUGCCUGCAAGUCCACGCCAGUUGCUACGGGAUACGCCCGGACCUUGUGAAUGAAGGCUGGACUUGUUCCCGUUGCUCAGCAAACUCGCUGCUAGCGGAUUGCUGUCUCUGUAAUCUCAGGGGAGGAGCCCUUCAAAGAACUACAGAUGGAAG